GAUACAAAGUGUCCGACACCCGGAUGUAACGGUUCCGGUCACUCGACUGGCCUAUACUCACACCAUCGAAGUCUAUCGGGUUGUCCGCGCAAGAGUCAGAUCACACCAGAAAUCCUGGCACUACACGAGACAAUACUUAAGUGUCCGACACCGGGAUGUAAUGGUCGGGGACACGUCAACUCGUCCCGCAAUUCCCACCGCAGUUUGUCGGGCUGUCCAAUGGCUGCGAUGGAGAAGAUGUGCCAAAAGGAAAAGGGUAGCAAAAUAGUUGUCGUUCCCUCGUGUCUGUCCGUAACGCCUACCGCAUCGCCGGCCCCACAGCCGAUGCCGACGACUCUGCCGGUGGCCAUUUGCCCGCCGGUGAUGACCACCACUUCGGAUCGGGUGCUGAGGCCCAUGUGUUUUGUGAAACAGUUGGAUCUGCCCGGCAAAUACAAUUCGGGCCAAACGGCCAGUUAUGCCACUCCGCGCACAAAUCUGGCCAAAGAGCUCGAGAAGUACAGUAAACCACAGUCGGAGGUCGACUAUCCGUUGGGCGGAGGCGGUGGCGGUCCGGUUGCGGUCAAUACUGGUGCGCCCUAUUGUCGACCCAUAUUAGCCAAACCAAACAAAAUGUUAUCAAAUGAGCACAACAUUCAUAACCCAAACGCAUUCAGACCUAACGAGAGUCACGACUCGUCGCCCGUCAUUGACCAGAGGACACAUAAUUACAAGACUGAACACACGUACGAUUCGUGUCAAAUGAUCUCAUCCGACAGUCACCGACGGAACUCUUCAGUCCUGGACUUGUCCACCAAAAGUGACGAUUCGGACUCAUCAUCAAUGGAUGUCCCCCUCAGAGCCAAUAAAAUAACUGAAUCUUGUCGUUAUUCUCGGCGUUCAAACGGAAGCGUUGACUACCGGGAGUCGAGUCCGCUGUCAGAGCCAUUGGACUUCUCGGCGACCACUCAUACCUCGCAUAACAACAAUAAUAACACUACUCUAUGCGUGAAGAGUGAGUCCAUAUCGGGUUCGCCACCGCAUCCACAGCUCACACAACACUCGCCAAACUCUGUGUCUCUGCUGUCGUCGCCGCCGCUGUCGUCGUCGGUCAACGCGUCCGUCGGCGCCAACAACUCGUCAUCUCUAUUGAGUCACAACUAUCUGCCGCUCAGGAGUCCGUCGCCGGAGGAGUCGUCGAGUGUCCGCUCCUAUAGUAAUAAUACCGACGAUUACAGCGACUGC